AGAGCCUAAUUUUAGCAUCUUCCUAUAUUAAGCAAAGACAUUUCAGUGGGUAGAUAAACCAUAAUGUCUGAAUUCAACAUGAACCAAAAACAACAGAACCAUUUUGUUCUUGUUCAUGGUAUUUGCAUGGGUGCCUGGUGUUGGUACAAACUCAAACCACAAUUAGAAUCUAUCGGUCACAAAGUAACAGCACUUGAUCUUGCAGCUUGUGGCAUCAACACACAAAAAAUAGAAGAUGUUCAUACUUUUGCUGACUAUGCUAAACCUUUGUUAGAGUUUUUUGCAUCACUUGAUCCAAAAGAAAAAGUGAUUCUUGUAGGACAUAGCUUUGGUGGAAUGAGUAUAGCUCUUGCAAUGGAAAAAUUCCCAGAAAAAGUUGCAAUUGGAAUUUUCAUAGCAGCUUUUAUUCCUGAUACCCUACAUCAACCAUCCUAUGUACUUCAACAGAAUAUUGAAAGAUAUCCAGUGAGUGGAUGGUUAGACACUGAGAUUUCGUAUGAUGAAAGCAAGAUGAUAGUGCUUCCUGGCUUAAAACUCUUGUCCACUAAAUUCUUCCAACUAUGCUCCACUGAGGAUUUUGAAUUAUUGAAGACUUUAAGAAGGAGAGGGUCACUUUUUAUCGAGGAUCUAUCAGAGGUAGAUAAUCUUUCUAAAGAGAGAUAUGAAUCGGUUCCGCGUGCUUAUAUUGUUGCCGAUGAGGACUUAGCAAUUCCAGUAGAGUUUCAAGAAUGGAUGAUACAAAAUGCUGGAAUUGAUGUUGUGAAUGUGAUGAAUGGAGCUGAUCAUAUGGCUAUGCUUUCUAAACCUCAAGAACUUUGUUUGUCUCUCCUUGAUAUUGUUAAUAAAUAUGUUAUAUAAGUAGUAUUAUAAUGUAAUAAAUUGAAUAAUGUUGUCUGUAAUGGACCAAUGAAAGAAAUAAUUUGAAUUCGUCAUCAAAUAAUUAAAUGAGAGUUAUUGGUUAUUAUUAGCAUUUGAUUCUGUCAAGUAGUUAACAAACAGUAGCUAUAGUUUAGGCAUCAUUCUAGCUAUUUCCAUUCAAUUAUCAUCAUGUAUUAUAGUUAUAUAUACUGAUGUAAAUCUCUGUAAAAGCAAUUCAUACGAGUGAA